GACGGUCACUAAAGGUCUGAGUACUCUUGUUUGUUUUCUCAGUACUACACUUUAUUGAAGACUGUUGUCCCUCAUUAAUUCUUCUUUAUGAUGCUGAAGGUAGGCUUGGUCCCAUGCUCUUACAAGUCCUUAAAGGCUUCCACUAUUUUCAGCAGCCUCUGCUUGCUCUUUGUAUCACCAGUAACACCCAUUAACUGGCAAAGUGUCUCUGUGGGACUGAAGGAACUUCUAAAGGUAAAAAAGGGAAAUGCAGGAUUUGCAAGAUAUUAAAUACCUUGCAGAACUUGCCAUUAGUUUCUGCACUUACAUACCUCAACUGCUUGCUUAAAAUCUAUUCAUUGCCUUUUUUUUUUAAUGUCCUCUUUCCCUCAGGACUCAAUUAAGUGGCUUCCCAAGUCUCCCAAACUGCACAGUGGCCAUAACUGGAGUUCCCAGGGCUCUCGCUGGGCCUCACUGAAAGGGAGGGAAGGUUUUCCUGGUGGUAGCCUGUACAAAUUCAGCUCUGCCAAUGGGAAAUGGAGAGAAGGGAGAAUCAGUCCCGAGCAAGAAGCAGAGGAACUCGAGGAUCCUGAUGAUGAACCUAUCUCCAAGUUUUCCGGCAGCCUUUUUGAUAGCAACGAAAGCGUGCGAGGUCAAAGAAACAGCAGAGCAGCGCUCCAAGAAAAGCACAAGUUGGCCAUGAAGGGGAAGGCUCUUGCAGGGUCUAACAGCAGGGUGCAGCCACCCGUGUCAGCAGCAGGCAGCUUCCCCAGCCAGGGUGGCCGCGCCGCCGAGGAGCUGCGCGCGCUGGAUGUGCCGCAAACCCCCCUCAAGGUAACCAUUACUGUGUGCAGUCAAAUGGGGAGCCUUGGUAUUAGCAUUGCUGGUGGAAAGGGCUCAUCUUCAUGUAAAGAAAGUGAUGAGGGGAUCCUGAUUGCACGGCUGCCAAAAGAUGCUCCACCAGACUUGGCUGGUGUACAAGCAGGAGACAGAGCGGCUGAGGCAACCUUUGUUUCAGAGCCUGCUGCCCUUCAUGCUGGUCCUGCUGAAGCUUCCCCCAAGGGCAGCCCUUCCCCGACAGUCAACCACGUCAUAACAAUACCUCGGAUAAUCCUCACACGCCCGUCCACUUCUGAUGAAGAUGCCGACCAGCUGCCCCCAGACCCGGAGGACUUUGAGCCCGAGGAGCCUGACAGCACAGAAGGCCAUGCCUAUUCAGACUGUCUGAGCAGUGCUUUCUAUCCUCCCUGAUAAAGUACUUUUCUGGCAGGAGCUCAUGGGUGGUUUCCUUUCCCAUUGCUUGAUGACAUUUAAUGUAGUACUUGAACCGCUAUGCCUUAUUUAUAGUGAAAACCGUGACAUGGAGGAUGGAUUUGUGAGGAGACCCUGCUUGUAUUUCUUUGCCUUGAACUUCCUUCAGCAAGAACUUGUGAACCUGGAAUGGAGUGCACUGGGUCAAGUUCUGUGAAUGUCACCACGUGUUUCAGUAGCCACUUGUAAAGGUACCCUGCAGCACCUAAAUGUAAUGAGAAAAUGCAGGUGAUUUUUAUUCAGAAGGUACUUUACUCAUUUGGAAACACACUGAAAGCAAUUGUAUAGUUGGGUGGGAUUUUUAAAAUCUUGUGUCCAUGAUUUGUGUAAACGGCUCAUCCUUCUAUCUCCUCCCA